AUGGCACAUAUAUCAAGACAGUCAAAAACACCACAACUUCCUGUGCUUUACGUGAAGAAUUUAAGCUUUAAAGUAUCUACAGAAGAACUUUUUGAUCUUUUUGGAAAAUUCGGACCAAUAAGACAGAUUCGAUUGGGGAAUGAUAAUACAACACGUGGAACUGCAUACGUUGUCUAUAUUGAUUAUAAUGAUGCAAAAAUGGCAUGCGAGAAGCUCAACGGCUUCAAUUUUUCAGAUCGAUAUCUUACAGUACUUUAUCAUCAGCCUGAAAAAAUAUCUGGAAAAACAGAUACAGCAGAAGAUAUUGCAUUAAGACAAGCCAAUCUUGAAAAACUCAAGCGAGAAUAUAAUAUUGAAUAG